CCCGUGUCUCACACCCCUCCUGGGCUCUCUGUGAUCACCAGGAGCUGUCAGAGCAUCGCACCGCUUGUUCGGCUUGCGGCUCGCUCGGAGGAGACGCGCCCUCCGCGUGGAAAUGACCUCGUGGGACACAGGGAACCUCAGGAAUCCUGGUCAACAGCUCCUGGGAGCAGCCGGGGAGCGCAGGGGCCCGUUGGUGAAGGCACUGUGCAGCGCUCCAUGGGCCGGCCGUCGUGUACCUGCACAGACGGGAGUUGUGCUGGCUGCGUCCUCACGGCUCCUUCAGCCGAGGGGGUCCUGGGGAGAACCCGGAGGGCUGUGGGGUGCUGGGGAGUCUGGCAAAAGCACCAUCGUGAAGCAGAUGAAGAUUAUUCACGAGGACGGCUACUCGGAGGAAGAAUGCAAACAAUAUAAAGUGGUUGUCUACAGCAAUACUAUCCAGUCCAUCAUUGCCAUCAUAAGAGCCAUGGGAAGGCUAAAGAUAGACUUUGGGGAAGUUGCCAGAGCAGACGAUGCCCGCCAGCUGUUCGUGUUGGCUGGCAGCGCCGAGGAGGGGGUGAUGACCGCCGAGCUGGCCGGCGUGAUCAAGAGGCUGUGGCGGGACGCUGGGGUGCAGGCCUGCUUCAGCAGAUCCAGGGAGUACCAGCUCAACGACUCUGCUUCGUAUUACCUCAAUGACUUGGAUAGAAUAUCCCAGCCGACCUACAUUCCGACUCAGCAGGAUGUGCUGCGCACCAGGGUGAAGACCACGGGCAUCGUGGAGACUCACUUCACCUUCAAGGACCUCUACUUCAAGAUGUUUGAUGUCGGUGGGCAGCGGUCGGAGCGCAAGAAGUGGAUCCACUGCUUCGAAGGCGUCACAGCCAUCAUCUUCUGCGUGGCCCUCAGCGAUUACGACCUGGUCUUGGCCGAGGAUGAAGAAAUGAACCGGAUGCACGAGAGCAUGAAACUGUUUGACAGCAUCUGUAACAACAAAUGGUUCACGGACACCUCCAUCAUCCUCUUCCUGAACAAGAAGGACCUGUUUGAGGAAAAGAUCAAGAAGAGCCCGCUAACGAUCUGCUACCCGGAGUACACGGGCUCCAACACGUACGAGGAGGCGGCCGCCUACAUCCAGUGCCAGUUCGAGGACCUGAACCGGAGGAAAGACACCAAGGAGAUCUACACUCACUUCACCUGCGCCACCGACACCAAGAACGUGCAGUUCGUGUUCGACGCCGUGACGGACGUCAUCAUCAAGAACAACCUGAAGGAGUGCGGGCUCUACUGAGCAGUUCUCACGCAGCGCCCUUGGGAGAAGCCAAACCCUUGGCCGCCUCGCGGGGACGGCGGCGAGCACGAGCGGGACCAGGGGAGCGAAAGCAGCAUGCAGAAUCGUCGCGUUCUUUAGCACAACCUUCUCUAUUAGGGACCUUGGGAUGGCUGGGGGGGGUGGCGAGGUUUGGUAGGGCAGGGCGCUGGGGGGGGGGGGGGGGCUCUGGGUUCCUCCCCUGACCCCCCCCACGUCGUCUGGAUGGCGUAAGCCAACCGUGUACAGCUGGUGUGGAUGGAGGGGCUGGGUUCCAGGCCUUUGCUGUGUAGCUUCCUCUCUUUCUUUGGUUACCGAGCCACCACUAGUCUGUUUUUAAGGUGUUUUUGGUUUUUUUUUUUGUUGUUGGUUUUUUUUUUUUUUCCCAUGUCAGAAAACUAUAACUUUACUAAACUGUAUUUCUUGAUUUGCAAACGAUUCUUGUUUUAAAAAAAAAAUAAAUAAAAAAUAAAAACGACGGCAACGCCGGAAACCGUCACUGAACUAUGCACGCUGCGGGGCCAGGCCGUGCCCGACCCGCUCCUCUGAGCAGGAGCUCCUGGAUUUUUAACACUGGUUGUGCUCAACUUCAGUCUUCCUGCAGCUGCUCCCCGGCUGCACGGGGCUCUCCUGGCCUGCCCUGCUCUGAGGUGUCACCCUGCCCCGUGGGGCUUUGCCCAGGUCCUGGCAGCUCACGGCGGGGGGCAGGAGCUGUGCCGUGCUGCUGGGCUGGAUGCAGCUCGUGAGCCCUGGGCCAGCUCCACCCGUGGGCUUCGUGCACCGUGGGCUGUAUUUCUGGCACCGUGGGCUGUAUUUCUGGCACCGUGGGCUGUAUUUCUGGCAGUUUGCUCAAGGGCACACCUCGCUCUGCAUUUACCACGGCCUGUUCGGUUCGGGGGCCGUGGUGCCAGCAUGCCUUUACUCUGUAGAUGUGGUGCCAAAUUUCCCCCUUCGCCAUCGUUUUCCCCGUCGUAACGUUCGUAACCCGUCAGGACAUUCCUCUGCUGAACCUCGGGGCUCUUUUUCUUUUUCCCUCCCCCCCCCCCCCGGUUUCAUGUGUACAGUUCCACUCUGUUCUAGCUGUGGGUCAGUAUUAAAGUGGUGAGUGAACAGC